AUCAACAGUUUCAGUAGGCUCGCCUUCAGCUUCGCCAGUCGUGCCCCGAUCGUCGCGCCGGACGGUUGUGUGUCUUUAUCAUUUCAUCGCGAAUUACGACUCAACAUAUUAUGUAAAAAAUCUCGUGAUAUUAUGAAUCUGCAGUGUUUUGUAAAAUUCCUCAGUGUUUCUUAAUAAUUGUUCGUUAAUUUUAAAUUUUUUUGCAGUAAUAAUUGUUUGUUUCCCGGAUAACUUUUUUCCUGAACGUUUGAUGGUUAAUCGUGUGUGUUGCCAUUUAUAUUGUUUUUAACGUUCUGUUUUUGAAAUUUAUUGGUUUUUACUCUGUAUUUGUGGUUUUCGAGUGGUCCCUGCUUUGUUUGGAUUCGAAAAGAAGAUUGAUUCAUUGGUUUGGGUGUAAGGACCACGAAGAAUAUCUUAGCUGUUGGAAUAAGAUCGUGUUUCCAGUCAAGCAGUUUGAAAAGCCAAUAUGACGUGACAACAUGAGAAAAAAAUAGCAAACAAAUCCAAGAUGGCGGCCUCCGACAAAGACUGGGUUGACUACUUCGGCGACUUCAAUUCGACGAAACUGUCAGUUGACACUGACACCGAUUUUGACAAUUCGAAGAAUAAUUUCAAUUAUUAUGACAAUCAGACUGGGUACCCUACAUAUUCGAACUUCAGCGCUGAUGAUUUCUGCCAGUCGAAUCAUUCGCAUUUUUAUUUGAAUGUCACUUGCGAGUUCCCGAUCAAUUAUGCUGAACCUAUGUAUGGAUAUAUCGCCCCGUUCCUCCUAGCAACAACCACAGUAGCUAACACGUUGAUCGUGGUGGUGCUCUCUCGCCGGCACAUGCGGACCCCCACAAACGUGGUGCUCAUGGCCAUGGCCCUUUGCGACAUGUUCACGAUGCUGUUCCCUGCACCCUGGCUGUUCUACAUGUACACCUUCGGCAACCAUUACAAGCCGUUGAGUCCUGUCAGGGCCUGUCAAGCGUGGAAUUAUAUGAAUGAGGUGAUACCAGCAAUGUUCCACACGGCGAGUAUCUGGCUGACCCUAGCGCUAGCAGUACAACGCUACAUAUACGUCUGUCACGCGCCCGUAGCCAGAACUUGGUGUACAAUGCCAAAUGUGAUGAAGUGCCUGAUCUACAUCGGAGUGGCGGCCUUCCUGCACCAGCUGCCUCGGUUCUUCGACAGGCGCUACGUGCCUCAGAUCACCGUCUGGAGAGGCCACUUCGAGGAAGUCUGCAGCAUUGAGAUGGCGCCAUGGGUGCACGCGAUAUCGCUGGACGCGUACUUCAUAUCGUACUACGGCUUCCGAGUCCUGUUCGUGCACCUCAUCCCUUGCACCUCUCUCGUGGUCCUCAACGUGCUCCUCUUCAGAGCCAUGAGGACCGCCCAGAUCAACAGGCAAAGACUCUUCAAAGAGAACCGAAAAUCCGAAUGCAGGAAGCUUAGGGACUCGAAUUGUACCACUCUCAUGUUAAUCGUCGUUGUCACCGUCUUCCUAAUGGUUGAAAUACCAGUUGCCGUUGUCACAAUACUCCACAUCAUCUCCAGCACAAUCGUCGAGAUCCUAGACUAUUAUAUAGCCAACAUUUUAAUCCUCAUCACCAACUUCUUCAUCCUAGUUUCCUAUCCCAUCAACUUUGCGAUUUACUGCGGCAUGUCGAGGCAGUUCAGGGAGACGUUCAAGGAGUUAUUUAUUAGGGGCGCGGUGACUAGUAGGAAAAAUGGCGGAUCUAGUAGGUAUUCCCUUGUAAACGGACCUAGGACGUGCACGAACGAAACCGUACUCUAGAUCUGUUUCUUUUUGUAAAUAUCUUAUGAUAGAGUAAGAUUUUUAAUUGUUUUCUUUUUUGUUGUAAUUUAGGACAUAUCAAUUAUAUGAAAACCACUUUACAGGAUACAAUUCAUAAUGUUAUUAAAACGGACUUUCAAAAAGAAACAUAUUUUGUUGUUUGUUAAAAUAAAAAUGCAGAAAAAAAGCACAAAUGUUUUAAUGUAAUUAGAUAAAAAUGAGGCGCGUCAAUUUUUUACAAAAUUUCAA